AUGCCGGGCUCCAUCCACGACCAGGAACAAGAACAGGACCAGUCCAUGAUGGACGCCGAACGGGAACCCACCCCGCCGGGUAACCCCAUCCUGUUGGAGGAGAAACACAUUGUCGUGCUUCCUGGUUCAACAGAGACCGCUGCAUCCUUCCAGUUUGCCGGCGAGGGCCACACGAUGGGUAAUGCGCUGCGAUAUGCGAUUAUGAAGAACCCCGCCGUCGAGUUCUGCGGCUACACUAUUCCUCACCCCUCGGACGCAAAAAUGCACCUUCGUAUUCAGACCUCCGACUCUACUACUGCCCUCGAGGCCCUGGAGAAGGGCAUGAAUGACCUCAUGGACCUGUGCGAUGUUGUGACAGAAAAGUUCACUGACGCGCGGGAUCAAUUCAACGCCGAGUCUGGUGAUCGGAUGCAGUCGUGA